GAUGCCUCCUCAAAUUUGAUCAGCUUGCUGGAGAUGCUCAGUAACUCAAGGGAACACUUAUGUUGGUUAUUUCAAGGGCUACAGAUGAAAGAGUGCAUGGGGCAACGAUGAAAAUCUUGCUGUACCUGCCAGCCCUCCUGGCUUCCCUGACCUUGCUCCAAACAGCAGUGUCUGCCAGAAAUGCUGCCAGAACUACCACCAUCCGUGAAACAGUGGAUGAGGUCAAGGUCCAGGUCAACCAGGCCUUCCUGGAUUCCCGGACCAGGCUGAAGACUGCCAUGACCACCCAGGCUCCUACCACCCGUCACCUCUCAGGGUAUCUCAAGCAAGCCAAAGGCCGGACACGCACAGCCAUCCGCAUCGGGCAGGUGUGGGAGCAGUCCCUACAGAGACUGAGGAAGAAGGUGCCCUUGACCAAUGUCACAGGCCAAGGCCUGGACUUGACGUCCCUCUCUUGGGAAGUGGGCUGCGAUCACCCGGCUCCAGCAGUGACUUGCAACAUAAGCAACCCUUACCGAACCAUUACCGGAGACUGUAACAACAGGAAAAAUCCAGAACUGGGAUCCGCCAACAGGGCACUGGCUCGAUGGCUGCCUGCAGAGUACGAAGAUGGGCUCUCCCUCCCUUUCGGGUGGACGCCAGGGAAGACGCGGAACGGCUUCCCUCUCCCUCAGCCCCGCGACGUCUCCAACCAGAUCCUUGGCUAUCUGAAUGAGGAGGAAGUUCUGGACCAAGACAGAUCCCUGCUCUUCAUGCAGUGGGGUCAAAUUGUGGACCAUGACCUGGACUUCGCCCCUGAAACUGAGAUGGGGAGUGACAGCCACUCCAAAGCUCAAUGUGAUGAGCACUGUAUCCAGGGAGACAACUGCUUCCCCAUCAUGUUUCCAGAGGGUGACCCUAAACUGAAGACUCAGGGGAAAUGUAUGCCUUUCUUCAGAGCUGGAUUUGUCUGCCCCACAUCACCCUACCAAUCCCUGGCCCGAGAGCAAAUCAAUGCUCUAACCUCUUUCAUGGAUGCUAGCAUGGUGUAUGGUUCUGAGCCAAGCCUGGCAAAUCGACUUCGAAACCUCAGCAGCCCCUUGGGUCUCAUGGCUGUCAAUGAAGAGGUCUCAGACCAUGGACUGCCCCUCCUGCCUUUUGUCAAUGUGAAGCCGAGCCCCUGUGAGGUCAUCAACAAAACUGCUGGUGUGCCCUGCUUCUUGGCAGGAGACUCCCGGGCCUCAGAACAGAUCUUGCUGGCCACAUCCCAUACUCUCUUCAUCCGGGAGCACAACCGACUAGCCAGAGAACUGAAAGGACUCAACCCCCAAUGGGAUGGUGAGACGAUCUAUCAGGAAGCCAGGAGAAUCAUGGGAGCCCUCAUCCAGAUUAUUACCUUUAGGGACUAUCUCCCCAUCCUACUGGGUGAUGAACUGCAGAAGUGGAUACCCCCGUACCAAGGCUACAGGGAAACUGUAGACCCCCGAAUUUCCAAUGUCUUCACCUUUGCUUUCCGCUUUGGCCACUUGGAGGUCCCCUCUACUAUGUCCCGCCUGGAUGAGAAUUACCAGCCAUGGGGUUCGGAGCCUGAGCUCCCCCUGCACAGGCUCUUCUUCAACACCUGGAGGCUGGUGAAAGAUGGUGGAAUCGAUCCUCUGGUUCGAGGCCUACUGGCCAAGCAGGCCAAGUUGAUGCGUCAGGAUAAAAUGAUGACAGGGGAACUCCGCAACAUGCUGUUCCAGCCGAAUCACACCAUCCAUGGCUUCGACCUAGCUGCUAUCAACAUACAGAGGAGCCGAGACCAUGGACAGCCUGGGUAUAACUCCUGGAGAGCUUUCUGUGGCCUGUCACAGCCAAAGACACUACAAGAGCUGAGUGCUGUGCUAAGAAAUGAGGUGCUGGCCAAGAAGCUGAUGGAUCUCUAUGGAACCCCUGACAACAUUGACAUCUGGUUAGGGGCCAUCGCUGAGCCCCUGGUCCCCAGGGGUCGGGUAGGGCCUCUCCUGACCUGCCUCCUGGGCCAGCAGUUCCAGCGGAUCCGAGAUGGAGACAGGUUCUGGUGGGAGAACCCUGGGGUCUUCACAGAGAAGCAAAGGGACUCUCUACAGAAGGUGUCCUUUUCAAGGCUCGUCUGUGACAACACUCGCAUCAACAAGGUCCCGCUGAACCCAUUCCGGGCCAACAGCUACCCCCAAGGCUUUGUGGACUGCUCUGCUAUAGAUAAGCUUGACCUCACGCCCUGGGCCCCAGUGAAGAAGUAGGAACCUCCUGCCCACAGCUUCCUACACGGCACAUGCCCGUGGUCCAAGAUGCCAUUUCAAACAA